GAAGGGGGGGGCCUUAAAGAGACAGCCCUAGGGCAGCCGCGGAGUGCGCUGCGCGGCAGAUGGCGGCACUGGGCGGCUGCGUGCUGUACUUCGCCUACGGCAGCAACCUACUGCGGGAGCGCAUCCUGCUGCGGAACCCCUCGGCGGCCUUCGCGGCGGUGGCCCGCUUGCAGGAUUUUAAACUCGUUUUUGGCAGUCCUCAAGGCAGACCAAGUUCUAACUGGCAUGGAAGUACAGCUACCAUUGUUCAAAGCCCUGGAGACGAAGUUUGGGGAGUAGUAUGGAAAAUGAGCACUAGCAAUUUAAUUUCUCUGGAUAAGCAAGAGGGAGUUGAAGAGGGUCUGUAUGCUCCAAUAGAGGUUGACGUUAGCACUCAAGAAGGAAAACUACUGACCUGUCGAAGUUACCAGAUGAAAGACUUUGUCUAUGAUCUCCCAUCACCACAGUAUAAAAAGGUCAUCUGCAUGGGUGCAAAACAGAAUGGAUUACCACCUGACUAUCAGAAGAAAUUAGAACUAAUAGAGACCAAUGGCUAUACAGGACCAAUGUCAAUCUUUGAAGAAAUUGAGGCUGCUGUUAAAAAAGGGAAACAAUAACUUAAUAAAAUCAUAGAAAAGUAGGGCCAGAAGGGACCUCCAGAGGUCAUCUAGUCCACCCCCCUGCCUGAGGCAGGAUCAUCCUUAUCCAAACCCAUUGUCUAACCCAGGUGUACUCCUAGAGUAAUUCCAGAUCCACAUUGCCUGAUUGUUCAUUUUGAUUUAAGCAUGAAUUUUCUCAAUAGGCUGAUUAGCAACUUCCUUUUGUGAUAAAGAAUGGGGCAGGCCUGGUGUACUUCUAUAGGAAGGGACUGGAUUCAGCAAGUUUAAAGCCCUGGCCUUGCAAAGGUAUGUGUGUAAGUUGGGCUUGACUUCAUGCACCAUAUAGAAAGCUAUAUGUAAAUCUUUAUGGAAUCUGGACCUAAUUCUCUGUAAUCCCCUUAUCAUACUGUUGGUAAAGUUCAUGUUGUCACAUCUUCCUGUUACCGAUCAUCAUAAAAAAGAAAGCCAGUUGGGCAGCUUCCCGUUAGGAAUAUUAAGGCUGCAGAAUUGAGCCGCUUGGUUUUUAAGUGUUGUACAUUCAGUUCUCCAGUCUGUUUUAAAAGUCCAUGGGGGUGCCAAGUGAGAAAUUAUACUUUGGCUUUUUACUUAACUAACUUCUGUGGAACAAGACCUCUUCUGGCUGGAAGGUAUUAAUGUGAUUAUUAAAAAUCAAUCAUUUAGCUUCUGUUUGGUCAUUAGCUGCUAAAUCACUUCCUGUGAAUUGGUGUAAUAAAUUACUGAGUAUUGGUACUAACUUGUGUGAGAGACAUAUGCCUUUGUCAGUCCACUCUAAUUAAACUCCUACCAGUACUGUUUAAAAAAUUCCUACCAGCUUCAGCUUAAAAAAAAAAAGGGAAAAUUUUAAAAGUCAAUAGAUAUACUUCAUAGGAGGUAUUUCUAAAAUGCUAAUUCUACAGGUCACCCUCUGCUAUUGAAGAAACUACCAGCUAAGGAUAGCAUUUCAUCUGUAAUCGUCUUUAGUGGUAAUUACUAGGGAUUGGUGAAUAAGGCCAGAUAAAAUAAGUGGCUGCAAUUGAGUUGUUGUUUUUGUUUUUUAAAUUCCGAAGAGUUGGUUAGCUAUUUUUAUCCCGUUGGAUCAUUGCAUGUCUCUCUACUUUCUGUAGAGGUCAGAAGGAUAUGCACAAGCUCUAUUCCAGUGGUUAUUGAAAUCAAUGGCAGUCUUUUCAUUCAUCACAAUGAUUUGAAUUGGACCCAAAAGAGAAAUGCUGUGAGUCUCUCUACAAUGCUCACAACCUCAUAUGAAUUGGGAAGUGUUGUAAACUUCGCAGGAGUCUGACCUUUUGAUAAAUGAUUACUGAUGGGGAACUGAACAAUGUGAGGAAACACAAAACAACUGAAUUUUAAUUUUUUUUCUUUCUAUAUGGAAGAUCGUUUAAAUAUUUUUUCCUUGAUACACAGGAGAUAAGAGUUACAUCCAGAGUUAAUGGGACUAUGUAUUAUGAAAUGUCAAACUUGCACAUGAACUGAUUUAUCUUGUCUUUAUUGCACAAACUUUUUAUAAGUGUGUGCCAGAACAGUUCAUUUCAUUUCUAGGUGUCAUGUGAACGAUGUUCAUGGAAGCUGAGAUCUCAGAUUUUCAUUACGCCCCAUUAUAUGCAUACUGUAUACUGUACUGUAUACUGCAUAUAUGAAACCUAUGUAAUAGCAACUAAAAAUUGGGGGGUAAAUAAAGUAACAACUGCCAGA